GGGUUUUGCUCUCGGAACUCAACAACACCACCAACAUAGUACAAACUACAAACAGUUGAGCUGCCUCUCUCUCUUAUCCAUGGCGUCAAGUUUCCUCACAGCACCAAAACCCAUUCUAUUCAAAACCAAUGCUCCCUCUCUCCCCAACUCCAACCAGAGACCACUACUAGGUCUACGGAGAAACUCUCUCAGAGUCAACGCAAUUUCAAAGAAAUGGGAACCCACCAAGGUGGUUCCGCAAGCUGAUAGAGUACUUGUUCGUCUUGAGGAGUUGCCUGAGAAAUCAGCUGGUGGAGUAUUGUUGCCCAAAGCAGCUGUUAAAUUUGAGAGGUAUCUUAUGGGAGAGAUUCUCUCUGUUGGUGCUGAUGUUGGGGAAGUGGAGGCUGGAAAGAAGGUUCUUUUCUCAGACAUAAAUGCCUAUGAGGUGGAUUUGGGAACAGAUGCUAAGCACUGCUUCUGUAAAUCAGGUGACUUGUUGGCUGUGGUUGAGUAGUGGUCAGCAAUUGACUAAGAUUUAUGGUUAAGUAGUGGCCAACAAUUUACUAUGAUUUUUGGCCUUUCUUGUGUACUUAAUAAAUUAGAAAGAUGCUUUCUUCACUGCCUGGAGAAAUAUCGUAUCCAUGCUGAAUUUUAUUCACUACUGUUCGUGCACAAUGGCAUAAGAUUUUGGAAAAUGAUAUGAAAUUAAAUCAUUGUCGACAAGGUUUGUUAAUGUUA